GCCUAUCUAAAUUUUAAUGAGCAAAAUGGCUGCCGUCGCCUCUUCCUUUAUAAAAUCAAGAGGCUCUCUCUGCCUGCCCCGUUUUACCUCAACCUGGUCUAAAUCAGCUAGAGGAGUUCUUCAGGAAGGACUUGAUGCCAUUUCUAAGGCUGGGACGUGGAAAUCAGAGAGAGUCAUCUCAACGCCUCAGGCUGCAUCCAUCAGAGUAGUGGGCGGAGGAGCAGGAGGAGGAGAACUGCUUAACUUCUGCGCAAACAACUACCUUGGAUUAUCAUCACACCCUGAUGUUAUUGAAGCUGGGAGGAUUGCGCUGAGAGAUUAUGGGGCGGGGCUUAGCUCUGUGAGAUUCAUUUGUGGAACACAGACAAUACACAAGGAAUUAGAACAGAAAAUAGCCAAGUUUCACAAUCGCGAUGAUGCAAUACUGUAUGCUGCUUGCUUCGAUGCCAACGCAGGUAUAUUUGAGGCACUAUUAGGUGAGAAUGAUGCCGUGUUUAGUGACCAGCUAAACCAUGCUUCAAUCAUUGACGGCCUUAGACUAUGCAAGGCCCGAAAGUACAGAUACAAAAACAGAGAUGUUACUCAGUUAGAAGAGCAGUUGUCUGAGGUUGGUGACACAGCUAGACUCAAGAUGAUUGUAACUGAUGGAGUCUUUAGUAUGGAUGGGGUAGUAGCACCUCUCAAGGAACUUUGUGAUCUCGGGGACAAGUAUGGAGCUUUGGUAUUCGUUGAUGAAUGUCAUGCGACUGGUUUCAUGGGGAAAGGAGGAAGAGGGACAGAGGAGCACCUCUCGUGUGAAGGCAGAGUUGAUAUUAUAAAUUCUACGCUCGGCAAAGCUUUGGGCGGAGCCGCAGGUGGGUAUACUGUUGGCCCAAGGGAAGUUAUUGACAUGUUAAGACAGAAAUCAAGACCUUAUCUGUUCUCUAACACCCUCCCACCUCCUGUGGUAGCCUGCGCUAGCAAAGUGUUUGAUUUGUUAAUGGACGGGUCAGAGCUUGUUGAAAAACUACAAUGGAACACUUCUUAUUUUAGAGGGAAAAUGACAUCAGCUGGUUUUAAUCUCAAGGGCGAUGACUGUCACCCUAUUGUUCCUGUGAUGCUGAAUGAUGCUCGACUAGCGACUGAGUUUGCCGAUCGGAUGCUCCAGAAGGGUAUUUAUGUGAUAGGUUUUUCGUACCCUGUAGUACCUGUCGGUGAAGCCAGAAUUAGAGUUCAAUUAUCCGCUGUCCACAAUAAAGAAGACAUUGACAAAUGUGUUGAUGCAUUUGUAUCAGUAGCAAAAGAGAAAGGAGUCCUUUAAAACUUUCUCUCUCUCUCUCUCUUUGUGUUGCUGUUAUUCACUUUUUGUAAUAAUAAUUAUAAUUAUAAUAAUAAUAAUGAAAUAAUAAUAAUGAUAAUAUAAUAAUGAUUGAUUGAAACUUGGGAGAGAAAUGAGGUUUGAAUGACACAAAAACAA